AUGGUACCACGGUUGAAGAAGAGAUCUCUUUCUUUGGCUUCUUCCGCGUCACUUGCUUCUUACGACACACCAGUUGUGUCGCGAAACAGCUCUAUUGAGUCUUUGGUCGUGUUACGGCGGUCAAGAAAAAGAAAAUGUGUACAAGAAUCUUUGAAUACCGAGAAGCAAUCAAGAGCGCAGACGAUUGAAAUUUCGGGUCAAUACAAGCGUUGUGCUCCUGAUGUUUCAUGUAAAUGUUCGGCAGAAAUCAAAAGAUAUCGUAAUGAGAAUUUCUUUGACACAAAGGUUGAAGAUGUUUUAGAUAAUUCUUUCUCCAGUUUCAAAGGACUUGCUGGUAUAUCACUGAGUCAUGAUCUAUUUGAUGGCGCAUUUGUCGAGUCUAGGAAAAUGUUACGGCGUCAGUGUUUUCAACCACAGUGGUCAAUGAUUGGAACAUUUAAAACCACCCUUCACUCACUUGUUGAUGUUGAUCCGAGGCAUGAUAUUAUUAAAUGGUUUCAAAAAACACCUAACGGUGAUUUUCAGCAGAUGCGUGUUCUUUUAUCCUCUGUAAAGGAGACAAAGGUUUUGAGUGCCACGGCGGAAGAACUGACUCCUUUUUUGGUGGUGGUGAGCACAUCAACAAGACCUUCUCAGAUUAUAUUUGGUUUUGAGAAAUUGGUUGAUGCAAACCGGAUGAAGGCUGCAAUAUACCUUUGUUUGACUUCUUAG